AUGCAGCAGAAUAGUUUGGCGAUGACCACGGACAUUUAUAGGGAUACGGUAAAGGCGUUGAAUGAAUAUUUCAGCGACUUAUGCGACGCUACGAAGGAGCGGUUGAAAUUCCGCGAGAUGAGAAUGAAGGUGGCAGAGCCGUUCGCGGACUGGGUGCUGCGUCUGCAGGCGCAAGCGAGUUUGUGCGAGUUUCGUGGGGAACAACGCGAAGAAGAAAUGUUGCAGGCGGUGACGCGCAGAUCAAUCCCGGCAAUUGCGGACAAACUAUACGAAAUGGCCAAUUUGUUUGAGAAUAAGUUGGAAAAAGUUAUAAGCCAUGGGAAGCACCUGGACUUCAUACGGAAAGAAGCGGAGGAGGUAAAGUCGGGUGAAAUGGACGCGGGCUCGCGCAACGCUACAGAAGAACAGCAUGCAGGGUUGAGACCGGUUAACGCUAUUCGGUCAGUGAAGCAAUCGGGUUUGCGAUACAGGCCGUAUGCGGAAAGGCAGUAUAAUGGACGAAGUGGGGGACUACAAAGAGAAGCUGGACGGCCGAAUUGCCCGAAAUGCGGGCGGGCUCACACCUGGGGGCAAUGCAAGGCAUUUCAAGCGAAAUGUUUUUCGUGCGGAAGAACCGGCCAUUUCGCAAGCUUCUGUCAGACUCCAGGAAAGAAGCCAGGAUUGGAAGAAAUAAAACGAGAGGCCAACAGGGUGAAUCAGCUGAUUGCCGGUGAAAUCAACCAGAUGAUCACCGGGUUUCCUAAGCCUCCGCAGUUCAAUUGCAAUAGCGAUGGGGAUCCCCGGUUGGUACAUUGCGUGCUUGGUUCCGAGAGGUUCACAUUCCUGAUCGACUCCGGGGCCACGGUGAAUACCAUCACGACCCAGGGGUGGCAAAUAAUAAGACAAAGGUGCCACACUAUUGUCCAGGAUUUGACGGUGCAUCCGGAGGAGGUGUUAAAAGGGUAUGCGAAUCAGAAGCCAUUGGAUGUGGUGUGUUCGUUCAGCGCAUACAUAGCAGUUGAGGGUAUUGAAAAGAACAUGGUAUUGGCGAAAUUCUUCGUGGUAGAAGGAACGAAGUUAUCCCUGCUCGGAUACCAAACGUCGCAUAAGUUGGAUUUGAUUCACAUAGGCCACCCAAACCAACGAGGCGGAUACAUUCACACCGUAGACAGUUCGGUACCGGCACCUGGGUUAAUGAGUGAUAAUGAGUUCCCCAAGUUGCCUCUAGGAGGAGUGCGUUUCAAGCUGGACAAGACGAUAAUACCUAGACAGAUAAUCCGCUACAAUGUUCCGAAAGCAUUCGAAGAUGCUAUUAACAAGAGGCUAGCCGAGAUGGAGCAAAAAGGGAUUAUCGAAAGGGCUGACAAGGAAGGUGAUACGAUCACAUUUGUUUCACCAAUGGUAUUGGUGCCGAAGGGCACCAAAGACUUCCGGAUUGUCAUUGAUUAUCGAGAGGUCAACAAGGCAAUAAUCCGUGAACCCUACCCCAUGCCAUCCUUGGAGAAGAUUUGGACCGAUAUUCCGCAUAGCAACGGGUGUUUGAUUUUUACCAAAUUGGACUUGAAAGAUGCAUAUUUUCAUGUGGAACUGCAUGAAGAUGUACGCCAUAUUACCACUUUUAUGACUGCGAACGGAUUGAUGCGCUUCAGAAGACUGCCAUUUGGGCUAUCGUGUGCUCCGGAAUUAUUCCAGCGGAUUAUGGAAAGGAUACUGAUACAUUGCAAGGGCAUCAUUGUAUAUCUGGAUGAUGUGUUGUUGUUUGCACCAUGUAAGCAAGAGCUUCAGAAGAACGUUAGCGAAGUAAAAACCCUAUUAAGGAGGCACAAUCUAACAGUGAAUGAGGAGAAAUCUUCGUAUAACCAGACCAAGGUGGAUUUCGUUGGAUUCAGCCUGGAUGGAAAGGGAAUACUACCUACACAAGGAAAAAUUUCAGAGAUUAUGCAAUUUGAGAGACCUAAAGACGUUUCCGAAGUCCGGAGUUUUUUAGGUAUGCUUACUUUUAUUAGUCCGUUCAUCAAAAACUUCUCGCACAUGACCAAGCCUUUGCGAGAUCUACUUAGCCGGGAUGCAAAGUUCGAAUGGAAGGAGCCGCAGCAGAAUGCGUUUGAGAACUUAAAAAUUUCGGCAGAGCAGGACCUGGUGAAGCGAGGAUUUUUCAAAGAGGGAGACCAAACGAUACUGUAUACGGAUGCAUCUCCAUGGGGGCUCGGUGCUGUCUUGACUCAAGAAGAUUCGAUUUUUGGGGAGCGACGCAUAAUAGCUUGUGCGUCAAAAAGCCUGACUGCUGUGGAAUGCCGAUACCCGCAACUGCACCGGGAAGCACUAGCGAUCAUCUGGGCUAUGGAGAGAUUCGCAUAUUAUCUCUUAGGGCGUAAGUUUACUUUGCGGUCCGAUAGCGAGGCACUUAUGUUUAUGAUGAAAACUGGUCAGCGUAAAGAUGUAGGCAAACGAAUUAUGUCUCGAGCGGAGGGAUGGUUCUUGCGAAUGGAGCAUUUUAACUACGAUUUUGAACAUGUAGCAGGCAAGGACAAUAUUGCUGAUGCAGCAUCAAGGAUGGGUGAAAAACGAGAUGAUGGCCAGUUUGGAAUUGAGAAAGAGCCUCAUGAACUGUGUUUGGUUGAGGCGGACGUAAAUAACAUCAACGAGCAGCUGCUAGCGUUGACAACGGUACAGGUGCAAGACGAAACACUCCAAGAUGAGGAACUUCAGACAGUUAUGCACUGGCUCGACAAGAAUGACAAGUGGCCACAAAGCAUCACAAAGUAUCAGCCUUUUCAAAACGAGUUGUAUAUCCAAGGGAGAAUGCUAUUGAAACAGGAGAAAAUUGUUCUACCCAAGGCAUUGUGCAAUCGAGCGUUAAUGAUAGCUCAUCGUGGCCAUCCAGGAAUGUCUACGAUGAAAAACUUCUUGAGGCAGGGUUUGUGGUGGCCGGGCAUGGAUCGCGAUGUAGAGAGUUUUGUGAAGAGUUGCCCAGAGUGCCAGCUGGUGACAAAGACUAGUACACCCUUGCCCAUUACGCUGACGGAGUUACCAAAGAAUCCAUGGGAAUACAUUUCAAUGGAUUUUGCUUCAUGUUCGGAGGUGUUGAGUUGGAAGGCAUUGGUGCUGGUGGACAACUACUCAAGAUAUUUGGUGGCGCUGCCCAUGGAGAAAACAGACACGGAAGCGGUGAAGCGGGCUCUGCGCCGAAUUUUCAACACCUAUCACGCUCCUAAGACCUUGAAGGCGGAUAACGGGCCUCCGUUUAACAGCUCGGAAUUGCAGUCUUGGCUGCAGUUGGUUUGGGGAGUUAAGCUGAUGCAUACUACACCGCUUAAUCCAACCGAAAACGGUCUUGUUGAACGCAGCAUGCAAGGCAUUAAUAAAGCGGUAACCGUAGCUAGGCUGACCAAGCAGAAUUGGAAGGAUGCUCUGGCUGACUAUGUGGCAGCAUACAACUCAUGGCCGCAUCACGUGACGAAAGUUCCUCCGGCACAAUUGAUGUUUGGUAGAGCAGUGAGAAAUCUGCUCCCCAGUAUUAAUGUUGAUUCGGCACGUCCUCAAGACGAGGAGUUGAGGGAUCGGGACAAAGUUGCAAAAUUUGACCGUAAUGCGAGGGAAGAUAGGAAACGACGAGCACGAGCUAGUGACAUCAAGGUGGGAGAUAUGGUAUUGAUGAUGCAGCAGAGAAGAGAUAAAACUGACACGGUGUAUAAGAAUAUAUUGUAUAAGGUGAAGGAGCUUCACGGAGGCAGAGCUACUAUUGUUGACAUGACAAGUAAUAAGGAGUACGAGCGUAACGUCAAGAUGCUGAAGAGGUACGUCCGACGAUUUGACGAGGACCAAGGGCAGGCUGAGGUUCAAUCCGAUGCCUGA